UUACCACGGGUAUAUUUAAAUAGGCGGAGCUUCAACAGUUAAAUAUCCCGGGAAAGGUAGCCUUUGAUUCCAGCUUGUUUUUCUGACGGACUGCGAGGUAAGAACGUCAACAGAUUGGGAAAAAUUCAGUGGGGACUGCAAAGGAGACCACGAUGGUUAUUCACGUGCUCAUUUCGCGCGAAUUUGAGAGUCGGACUACUUACUGCAAACGACAGUGAAGUCUCUGUACGGCAGAAUCUGAAAUAAUUUUCGUCGUGUUACGGUGAAAUUUGUUACCGUGAAAAAUAUUCAAGAUGGAUUCAGAUAUUGACCAGCAAGUGAGGGGUUAUCAGAGGGAGUAUUUGGAGUUUCUGGAUGAUAGUGCUGAUCAAGGAAUUUAUACUGAAAAGGUGAAAGAAAUGAUUACCAAGAAUCGGCAACGCCUGAUCAUCAACAUCAAUGAUCUCCGCAAGAAGGUAGCCGAGAGGGCUCAGAGGCUUUUAACCAGCGCUCAUGAGGAGGUGAUAGCCUGUCAGCAAGCUCUUAAGGAGUUUGUGACCCAGGCUGACACGGCGUACGGCAAGGAACAUGAGGAAUUCUUUGUGGGCUUUGAGGGCAGUUUUGGCUCCAAACAUGUCACCCCCCGCUCCUUGUCGGCGCGUCACAUUGGGAACCUCGUUUGCGUGGAAGGCAUUGUGACAAGAUGCUCUCUGGUUAGGCCAAAGGUUGUCCGCAGUGUCCAUUACUGCCCUGCGACCAAGAAGACAAUGGAGCGGAAGUACACCGACCUGACCUCCCUGGAUGCAUUCCCGAGCAGCUCAGUCUACCCAACGAAGGAUGACCAGGACAAUCCACUGGAGACCGAAUACGGCCUGUCCACGUACAAGGACCACCAGACGCUAACCAUCCAGGAGAUGCCCGAAAAGGCUCCGGCUGGUCAGCUGCCCCGGUCAGUGGACAUCAUCACCGACAAUGACCUGGUGGACAACUGCAAGCCCGGAGACCGAGUUCAAAUUGUCGGAACACUUCGGUGUCUGCCAAACAAGAAAGGAAGUUACACAAGUGGGACAUUCAGGACCGUCAUUCUAGCUAACAACAUCGCACUCCUCAGCAAGGAGAUCUCGCCCCUCUUCUCAGCCGAGGAUGUCAGCAAGAUCCGCAAGUUCGGCCGGAACAAGAAGCAGGACCCAUUUGAAAUGCUGGCCCACUCACUGGCGCCCUCCAUCCAUGGCCACGAGUACAUUAAGAAAGCCACACUGUGCAUGCUGCUUGGUGGCGUGGAGAAGGUCUUGGAGAACGGAACCAGGCUGAGAGGAGACAUUAAUGUCCUGCUUAUAGGUGAUCCGUCCACUGCGAAGUCACAGAUGCUAAGGUAUGUGCUGCAUACGGCACCACGUGCCAUUACAACUACAGGCCGCGGUUCCUCCGGUGUCGGUCUGACUGCCGCUGUUACCACUGAUCAGGAAACCGGUGAACGUCGUCUGGAAGCGGGUGCCAUGGUGCUCGCUGACAGGGGCGUAGUAUGCAUUGAUGAAUUUGACAAGAUGAGUGACCAGGAUCGCACAGCCAUCCACGAGGUGAUGGAACAGGGGCGGGUGACCAUUGCUAAAGCCGGUAUCCAUGCCAAGUUGAACGCUCGCUGCAGUGUGUUAGCAGCUGCUAAUCCAGUCUACGGAAGAUAUGAUGAGUACAAAACUCCAAUGGAGAACAUUGGCCUCCAGGACUCACUGCUUUCACGUUUUGAUCUCAUCUUUAUCGUCUUGGAUACGAUGGAUCCAGAUCAUGAUCGUAAGAUCUCUGACCAUGUGCUGAGAAUGCACCGCUAUCGGACUCCCGGGGAACAGGAUGGAGAUGCUCUGCCUCUCGGAAGCUCUGUAGAUUAUCUGACUACUCAAGACCCACUCGUGGAUGACAAGGCAGAUGAGGAAACACCCGUGUAUGAUAAACAUGACAACCUUCUCCAUGGCAACAGAAAGAGGGAAAAGUUUGUCAGCAUGGAGUUCAUGCGCAAAUACAUCCACAUCGCCAAGAUGAUCAAACCUGUCUUAACUAGAGAAGCUGCAGAUUGCAUCGCUGACGAAUACUCAAAGCUACGCAGUCAGGAACAAACUGCCAACAAUGUAGCCAGAACCCAGCCUGUAACUGCUCGCUCAUUGGAAACCCUAAUCCGUUUGGCCACGGCCCACGCCAAGGCUCGACUCAGCAAGACAGUGGACCUCCAAGAUGCUGAAGCAGCCAUUGAGCUGAUCCAGUUUGCCAUCUUCAAGAAGGUCCUGGAGAAGGAGAAGAAGAGGCGACGGAGUGACAGUGACGAGGAGAUGGAGGAUGAGGACGAAGAACAAGAGCAGAGAAGGCAAACAAAGAAGAAGAGGUCCCCAAGUAAGAAACAGAAGAAGGAUCGUCCAAAGGAAGGCGAAGAAGGCUUUGACCCGUAUGAUUUUGACAGUUACGAAGAAGAUGAGGAUGACCCGGAAGUAACAUUGAGGUCUCCUGGGGGAACGCAGUCCUCAACAGCUACUCCAGUGGAAGUGGAAUUGCCACAGGAUAAGUUGAAAAAGUUCCGCGCCACCAUUGCCAAGAUUUUUACUUCCCAGGCAGAGUCGGUCCCCUUGGCUCAAGUGAAGAAGGCUCUGGCCAAAGACAACCCAGACGAAAAGUUUUCUCCCGGAGAGAUUGAUGCGGCAAUUAACGCCAUGCAAGAUGCCAACCAGAUCAUGUUCUCAUCUGGGAUGAUCUAUUUAAUCUGAGUCUUUAAGAAUACAGGGGGAAAAAGAAAACAAAAAAAAGGCCGGCCUAGCUUGACCAAAUGCUUCCUAUGAAAGUGUUGAUUUUUGACCAGUGAUUUUGAGAGCAAAAAAUUCAGUUCCCUUCGCAGUCUUGAAUCCGCAAGCACCCCCACAAAAAAGGGGAAAAUGAAGAAAAACAAAUCUUUCUUGUUAGGGUCCCAAAGUGUAGAUUUGCACAUGCAUUUGAAUGGAAACCUGUUUGAGACAUCACUCCCUUGGGUGUAAGGUAGUACAUACCAUCUUCCAACCCUUGCCCAACCACUCAACUAAACUGGAAUGUCAAAACACUGUGUAAAAAGGUCAUAUAACUGUUGACUGUUGGCCAGGUAAAAACACUGCACAAAGGGGAUUUGUUUUCAAACGUUUGGUUUGGAUGUUCUUUGUAUGUACAGUGUAUUUCAGUUUCAUAUGAGCAUGUUCAAACCAAGGUUGCUCUGUUUUCAGGAGAAAAGUAAAUUUGUAUUCUGAAACACAAAUGCACAAGAGUGAAAGAGUUUGUUUAAAUGAUUAUGUAACAUUAGGAUACUCCGAAAACUGUACAGUAAUGUCUCAUUUAACUUUGAAACUUAGUCAAGUUCAAAAGUUAUGUGGUUCUAUAAACCAUAAACUUUUUUAGACCAUUAAUAUGAGGAAUUAAGUGCACGCAUCCACCUAAUAACAGGUGCUCUCAUGGCACUGCAAGAAUAGAAAUAAGAAAAAAAUGUGUACAAGCACUGUAUUUACAAUCUGCAGGUUGUGAGGUAAUAGAGGCUUGAUAUGAGUGCCAUUUUGAAUGUGAGGAGGUUGUCUUCAGCAGUGUGCUGUGGAAGGAUUUAAAAAGGCAGGAACAAUUGAAUAUCGUUGACAUUGAUGCGUUACAUUUCAGACACGUACAUGUAUAUUGUGUGUAAACAAUAUGGUAGUUAAGCUGAUAUAAAAUGUAUGAAAAAAAAAUGUUCACUGGUUGAGUGAUACUUUCCAGUGUGGUGUUAAGGUGUCUGCAGUUUUCUGGGUUGUAAUUUAUGGACAGAUUUAGAAUUGGCCACUCAAUGUUUUCAUAUCUGAUUGACAUUGCAUAACAGAGGGUUGAAGUUCCUAUGGUAAUUUUGGUCUUUUUCAAAAUGGACUAAGUUAUGAAAAUGUAAGAAUGCCAAUUACCUUGAGAAGUUUAGGCCAAUUUUUAAAAUUGCCCAUAACUCGACAUUUUACUGUACACGUACUAGACAGUUCUUAUCCUUGCAUGUUGCGAAUUUUUUUCUCCAGACUUGCAAUCAUGCCGUGGAGAAUCUGAAUAUUUAAAGAGACAGAUCCAUAUUUCUGUCUUACCCCUCAAUAUCAGAAGCACCGUGAAUUUUACAAUUUGUCAUCAUUAUAACAUUUAGUCUAUUAAACAUGGGGUAAAGUAGAAUAAAAACAAACGUAAUUAUUUCCUACCCUGUUUUAUCAAAUAACAGAAACUUGUUAGGGGUGCACCCCUGUCAAUUGGCAACAAA